GUUUUGGCAAAAGAAGCUAAUUUACGAGAGAAAAAAAACGUAUAAUUUUUUAAUUUUUACUUCAAAAGUUUUUCGACCCAUUAGGCAAAAAAAUUACCAUCAAAUUGAUUCAAGUUUAACAUGCUGAUGUUGACGUGUCAUGGAGUUUUUAAUUAGCUGUUAUUGUUAAACAGUUGGAAUCAUGGGUGGAGAAAUACGCGGUUUACUAUUAGUUAAUUGUUUUUAUGCCUAAACCAGUAUUGCAAUUGCAAAACAAAAUGUUGCCAAUAAGAUUCUGACACCUCAGCAUUACAAGUCCAUCCCUUUCGUUUCUCCCAACGAUUCCUCUGUCUUUGAUUUUUUGAAUUUCUUCCCUCUCUCUCUAGAAUUUCCUAAAAUAUUCCUCGGUUUUAGAGAGAAAGAGGCAACGCACCGUCGCCGGAUUCCUGAGCUCUCCAGCAAUGGAGAGUGAAGGAGGAGGUCCAUUUCAGGGAAUACUCCGAGAUAUCGAAGGUAGACGCAAAUGCUACAAACAAGAUUGGGUUCUUGGCAUUAAAAACGGUUUAAGAAUUUUGGCUCCAACUUGCUACAUUUUCUUUGCCUCGGCUCUUCCCGUAGUUGCCUUUGGCGAGCAAUUAAGUAAACAUACAGGAGGAGCUCUGAGUGCAGUGGAAACAUUAGCUUCUACUUCGAUCUGCGGGAUCAUACACUCGAUUUUUGGUGGACAGCCAUUGUUGAUACUUGGUGUUGCAGAGCCAACCAUCAUAAUGUAUACUUAUCUUUAUAGUUUCUGCCUUAGUAGACCGGAUAUUGGUCGGGAGCUUUACCUGGCUUGGACGGCAUGGGUUUGUGUAUGGACUGCAGUUUUGCUUAUCCUUCUUUCGAUAUUUAACGCGUGCAAAAUCAUCACGAGGUUUACUAGAAUCGCUGGGGAACUCUUUGGCAUGUUGAUUGCUGUUCUUUUUUUACAAGAAGCUAUCAAGGGAUUGAUUAGCGAGUUUCAUGCAUCCGAGAGUGAUGAAAGACCUGAAUCAGGAGAGUCACAUUUCCUCUCGCUGUACACAAAUGGGUUGCUUGCGGUGAUUUUCUCGCUAGGCCUUGUGAUCACAGCGCUAAAGAGCAGGAGAGCGAAAUCUUGGAAAUACGGGUUUGGAUGGCUUCGGAGUUUCAUUGGAGAUUACGGUGUUCCCUUAAUGGUCUUGCUCUGGACUGCAUUGUCUUACUUGAUUCCUAGCAAAGUCCCCCCAAGUGUUCCUCGAAGACUGUUUUGUCCUCUUCCAUGGGAGCCAGCUUCAUUAUACCAUUGGACUGUAAUCAAGGACAUGGGGAAGGUACCAGUAAUGUAUAUCUUUGCUGCGUUUAUACCUGCUGUGAUGAUAGCUGGACUUUACUUCUUCGACCAUAGUGUAGCUUCACAAAUGGCACAGCAGAAAGAGUUUAAUCUUAAGAACCCUUCUGCUUACCACUACGACAUCUUCUUGCUCGGAAUUAUGACUUUGAUAUGUGGACUACUUGGACUUCCUCCUUCAAACGGUGUUAUUCCUCAGGCUCCAAUGCACACAAAGAGUCUUGCGGUUCUCAAUCGACAGCUGACACGCAAGAAAAUGGUGAAGAGUGCAAAGGAGUGUAUGAAGAUGAAAGCCAGCAAAUCAGAAAUAUAUGGGAGAAUGCAAACAGUGUUUAUAGAGAUGGAGACAUGUUCACCUCAGCUCUGUUCAGUAGCGGAUUUAAAAGACUUGAAAGAAGUUGUGAUGAGACCGGACGAAGGAGGAGAUACAAAAGGAAAAUUCGAUCCCGAUGUUCAUAUUGAAGCUCACUUGCCGGUUAGAGUAAACGAGCAAAGAGUGAGCAAUCUGUUGCAAUCUGUGCUAGUGGGUUUAACACUACUUGCUGUGCCAGUCAUCAAGAUGAUCCCAAGUUCUGUUCUUUGGGGUUACUUCGCUUACAUGGCGAUAGACAGUCUUCCCGGAAACCAGUUCUUUGAGAGAUUGUUGCUUCUCUUCAUCCCUCCAAGCCGGCUCUUCAAAGUCUUGCAAGGAGCACACGCUUCGUUUGUGGAGUUGGUACCAUACAGUGUGAUUGUGACAUUCACACUUUUCCAGUUUGUUUAUUUCCUCUUGUGCUAUGGCAUGACAUGGAUUCCGGUGGCCGGUAUAUUCUUCCCGGCGCUCUUCUUUCUACUGAUAAGUAUAAGAGAACACUUGCUCCCCAAGCUAUUCGAUCUCCAACACCUUCAAGUGUUAGAUGCUUCUGACUAUGAAGAAAUAGUGGCAGCACCUGUACAACAAUCAAGUUUCGCAUACCGAAAACUGGGAUCUUCUCGUCAUUUAUCAGAAGGUGAAGGUGAAGAUGAGUUCUACGACGCAGAGAUAUUGGACGAGAUGACUACUAGUAGAGGCGAAAUCAGGAUCCGAACCAUAAGUUUCAAGGAGAUGCACACGGAGCCUGAAGAGAGGCGUGUAACCUUUGAACCACACUGAAAAAAACACAAUUGUUUGCACUUGUUGUUGUAUACAAAAAUGUAACAGCGCAUAUGCAUAUACAUCGACUAUGUUAAUGUUAUAAGUGUAUUUUAGUGGAAAUGUGAUUUCAGCAAAUUAUAAGCUUUAGUUUGUCUUCAAAUCUUGGCGAUUGUAUACAAAUUAUCCAGCACUUGUUGCAUGGAUGGUCUCGUUUCUCGGGGGUCUUCCUCUUUUUUCAUUUUUGAUAAGUCAACGUAAUCGCGUUGAAAAGUCACGAAGUGGGGUCCACAUCUCUUUCUCGACAAACUCCGUGGGCGAGCAAUACGACACCGUUUAGUCAGAUGUCUCUCGAUUCUUCUUCUUCGUUCGCUCCCGGGUAAAAAAGUAUAUACAACUAGCGUAAGUAGCUGCAUCGCAUCACAAUCGCAUUUCGACGUAGUGAAGAAGAAGAUAUGGCGUCGUUUCUCCAGAGUUUAGUAGAUCCGAGGAAGAACUUUUUGGCUCGCCUGCACAUGAAGUCCGUCUCUAACCGCCUCCGCAAAUACGGUCUCAGAUACGACGAUCUCUACGAUCCGUUGUACGAUUUGGACAUUAAGGAGGCGCUUAAUCGGUUGCCCAGAGAGGUUGUUGAUGCUCGGAACCAGCGUCUUAAGCGUGCAAUGGACCUAUCCAUGAAGCACGAGUACCUCCCAGAUAAUCUUCAGGUAUGUCUUCAAACUGAGCUGCAACAGAUGACAUUCCUCAUGACUGAGGAAAGCUUGCCAAAACUAGCACUGCAGACACCGUUCAGGAGCUACCUCCAAGAAAUGCUGGCUCUUGUGAAGCGGGAGAGAGCUGAGCGAGAGGCUUUGGGAGCUCUACCUCUCUACCAAAGAACCAUUCCUUAAGCAUGUUAGUCUCUCUUGUAGUAUACAUAAAAGGCAGCUGAACAAAACAGAUCCUAAUCCUAUAUCUUCUUCCUGUUUUAUUACUCUUUAGGGCUUCAUUCUACCACACAAUUUGCCUUGUAUGGUUAUUAUGUACGGUUCUUGUAAACACUGUAUUUGUGUUAUAAGAUUGUAUGAUAUUAAUGUGUAAUGAAAAGCUUUGAUUGGGCAAUGGAUUGCAGGAGGGGAGAGUCUUGGUACAACAAUAAAAAGAAGGUUAGGUGCUCAUGUUUACAAAGUUCCUCAAAAAUGCCAUUUUAAACAUUUUUUACAUGAAUCAUGUACAGCGAUGCUUUGCACGGGUUCUGGUUGAUAAUAUAAGUCUGAGGUAGAUAAGAAAGAAUAAGAUGAGGUGUUAUAUUUAAUAGAGUGGCCAGUAGAAAACGAUAUGGAUUUUGAUUUGAAGACAUGUCCAUGUGAGUCGCAUUAAGCACAGGAGGGACGGGCCUAAAUCAUUAAUACUUAACAAUAAAAAAGAAGAAAAAUGAUGAAUUAAAUGUGAGUAAUUGCUUCCUAGUCUUUUUUUCUCACUUGCCAACUAUUGUUGAUUUUGAUUAUUGCUUUUGCAAUUUGCGUUCUGCGUCACUUGAUUGAUUCUGAAUGCUUAUUGAUAUAACUAGAUAUUUAUCCGCAUAUUUAUCCGCGUUAUGCU